UUCCUGCUCCUCCUCCUCUCUCACUCUGCCCCGUCCGUCUCUCUCAAAUCUCCGUCGCACGCACCUCCUCUUUCCAAGGCAGUAAGAGAUGGCAGAUGGUGAGGACAUUCAACCACUCGUCUGUGACAAUGGAACGGGAAUGGUUAAGGCUGGAUUUGCUGGAGAUGAUGCUCCACGAGCUGUGUUCCCCAGCAUUGUAGGUCGUCCUCGUCACACCGGUGUGAUGGUUGGCAUGGGCCAGAAAGAUGCAUAUGUCGGUGAUGAGGCUCAAUCCAAGAGAGGUAUUUUAACCUUGAAAUACCCUAUUGAGCACGGUAUAGUGAACAAUUGGGAUGACAUGGAAAAGAUCUGGCAUCACACCUUCUACAAUGAGCUUCGUGUUGCCCCAGAAGAGCACCCAGUCCUCCUGACUGAGGCCCCUCUCAACCCAAAAGCUAACCGUGAGAAGAUGACCCAAAUUAUGUUCGAGACCUUCAACACCCCUGCCAUGUAUGUCGCCAUUCAGGCCGUUCUUUCUCUUUAUGCCAGUGGUCGUACUACUGGUAUUGUGUUGGAUUCUGGAGAUGGUGUCAGUCACACAGUCCCCAUCUAUGAGGGUUAUGCCCUCCCACACGCCAUCCUUCGUCUUGACCUGGCUGGUCGUGAUCUUACUGAUCACUUGAUGAAGAUUCUGACUGAACGUGGGUACUCCUUCACCACCACAGCAGAGCGUGAAAUCGUAAGAGACAUGAAGGAAAAGCUUGCUUACAUUGCCCUCGACUUUGAGCAAGAGCUAGAGACCUCAAAGACCAGCUCAGCAGUUGAGAAGAGCUAUGAAUUGCCAGACGGGCAGGUCAUUACCAUAGGUGCUGAGCGUUUCCGGUGCCCAGAGGUUCUCUUCCAACCAUCCUUGAUAGGAAUGGAAGCUGCAGGCAUCCACGAGACCACGUACAACUCCAUUAUGAAGUGCGAUGUGGAUAUCAGGAAAGACUUAUAUGGUAACAUUGUCCUCAGUGGUGGGUCAACCAUGUUCCCUGGUAUUGCUGACAGAAUGAGCAAGGAGAUCUCAGCUUUAGCACCCAGCAGUAUGAAGAUCAAGGUUGUGGCACCACCUGAGAGGAAGUACAGUGUCUGGAUUGGAGGCUCAAUCUUGGCUUCCCUUAGCACGUUCCAGCAAAUGUGGAUUGCAAAGGCAGAGUACGACGAAUCCGGUCCAUCAAUUGUCCACAGGAAAUGCUUCUAAGCUGUUUUGAAAAUAGGAUGGAAGAGAGAACUCACGUUUAUCUUUGUUGGUGCAGCUUGCUACUUGGUUUCGUUCUAGCUUUGUUAUCCUUCUCUUUUUGUUCCCUCGUUGGAGUGAUGAUGACUUUUGGAGAAGGCAAGGAAUUUGAAUGUGGUCCAAUUCUUUUAUUACUAUUUACGUCGACAAGUUUUUUACUGUUUACUCCUCUCUUUUUUUCUUUUCUUUUCCUUUUUGUAAUUUUGACUGUCUACUUUUUAUCUCUCUUUUGCACUAUAAGCUAAAUCCUACCCAUUUCAUUUCCUCGUUCAAAUUUCGUGCA